AUGAAGAGAAUCCAGUUCUUGAAGUGGGGGAGCAGAAUUUCAAGCACCGGGCCUGCAGUUACACUUGUUAGUGUGAAAAGAAGAGUGCCAUUUGGUCGCCACUGUGGAUCAUCUUUCUUAAUGCAGCUAUUUUGGAAGUUCAGGACUCAAUGGAAGCAAGCUUUUGGGUGGCAGAGGAGCAGGGCACAGUGCAGCUAUGAUCUUUACAGCUACUCUCUUAACUUUGAUGAUGGUCUCUGCCAUGACUAUGCAAUAUUCCUAUUCGAGACCUCACUUUCUUCUCAAUCGAUGUCGUAG